AUGGCUUCUCCUCAACUUCCCCAGAAAACCAUUGCCGGGGUGCGGGUCGUCGACACCCCAAUAGUCCGUGCCGCUAUUGAAUAUGCCCAGGCUCAUAGCGACGACAUGAUUUUCAACCAUGUAAUGCGUACGUGGAUCUUCGGCGUCAUCAUCCAUCGGGGACUCUUUGCAAAGGGCAAAGUAUCGGAGAUGGAUCUCGAGGCACACGCGCUUGCCGCAGUCCUACAUGACCUUGGGUGGGAUGUCACGGACGAGCUCGUGUCCAAGGACAAGCGCUUCGAGGUCGAUGGCGCGUUCGCCGCGCGCAGCUGGAUUGAAGAGCAGCAGAAGAAUGGGCUAGCGGCGAAUUGGGAUGAGCGCAGGCUCCAGCUUGUCUGGGAUGCCAUCGCCAUACACGGAGUGCCUUCCAUCGCCCGUUUCAAGGAGCCCGUUGUGAGUGCAGUCACCUUUGGAGCCGGUGCGGACUUCAGAGGCCCGGAGAGUGAUAUAACGGGGAUUAUAACAUGGGAUGAUUUCAAUGCUGUCAACGAGGCUUUCCCGCGCCACGAGCUUACAGAGGGUGUCCGGAGGAUCAUGAUCCGUCUAUGCCGGACGAAGCCUGAAACGACAUGGGGUGAGUUGCUCAGGUUCCUUGGUGCAUCUGCGUAA